CUUCCUCCUGUCAUAGGCAAAUCUUUCCACGAACUCAUCUUUUGCAGCAACUGUUUCCGCAUUCAUUUCUCUUCAGCCAUUGACACUCACUGAGGCCUUUGUCUGAGUGUCACUCAUGUGUAGAGUCUAAACAAGCCAAUGGCACCCAAAUACAAAAACGACUUGGCCAAAUGCUACGCUCUCCUCAAGUAGGAUAUAUCUUGGUAUACAGUAGACUACCUUCAGGUUGAACUAUAACUGGAAGACUACCACCGAAGAAGAUAUUCCGUUUAUGAAUGCAGUGUCUGAUUUGACAAAGGAGCUUACUGAUGGAUCAUCCGAAGAUGUGAAGCCCGUUUGUGGUAAACUGGACGCGUUCCCGUCUUUAACCAAGUUGUAGUUAAGGAGGAUCGUGAAGGCUGUUUGAAGUCACUCUCCGAUUUUCUGUCACAAUAUGGCUGCCCCUAUCCAGCUUUAAUGAAUGGAUCACUGGAGCAGCGUUUCGGAUCGGCUGACAAUCGUAUGCUUUUGCUGCGCUAUCUUUGCACUGAACUACUGGCCAAACGUCUUCUGAGGAAAAAACCAAAGCAGCAAUAUGACACCUCGGACGUCCAUGAAGCCUCACAACAGAUUACCACAGAACUCAAUCGGGAACUCACCGAUUACUUGAACCGAGCGUGUAAUGCUCUGGGUCUCGUUCGACCUUUGGGAGAAUUUAACUUAGGUGACACGUUUGACGCUAUUCAUAACGCUGUAGUCCUCGCACUGAAACGUUGCCCGCCAACACAUUUCGGUCAGCCCGUUCUUCCACUAACCGGCCUUUCGGAUCGACAGUGGGCCCAAGCAGCUCGUAUUGCUGCUCUAUUACAGCAAGAAUAUUCCAGCCGACAGAUAACCCUAAUCAAACGCCUGGAUGUCACAGUUCAAAGCUUCAAGUGGUCUGAUAGGGCCAAGUCCCAGCUUGAAGCAAUCUCAGCAGCCUAUCAUCCCAUACGGUCGCAGAUGGCCAAAUCCACAUUCCCCGGAGUUCCAGAGUUGCUGGCCGUUCGGGACAAUAUGAUUUUAUGGGUAGAAAAAACCAGCGGUGCUAGAGCCAGAAGAUUCACCUCAUGUGAACUCAAUAAAAUCCUGAUUGGCCAGGUACCCGACCGUGGUGGUCGUGCUUGGGAAUUGGAACCCCCACCACCCGAGAUGCCCGCUUUCAAACAACGUCAGCCCGAUCGAGGACGAGGAGGCGGAGGCCCUGGCAGUGGUGGAGGCGGCCGGGGAGGUGGGGGCGGUCGUGGUGAUGGUGGGCGUGGCUUCUCUGAUCGUGGUCAUGGUUAUGGUGCACCAAGUGGUCCCGGUAUGUUCACUCAUGGAGCUCCACAAUUCCGACCACCUGCCCCAUCAGCUCAGUAUGGUGGUGCUGAUUAUGUGGUCACUCCGGCAGACUAUGCUGCUCUGAGUCAACAAAUGCACGGACUAAUGUUCGAACCGGGCAUGGGAUACGGUGGUCAGCCUCAGAACUAUGUCUUUCAACCCACAAAUAUGCCAAGCGGUGGUAACCGUGGUGGCUACGUGCAGCGCCCCCAACGUGGACGUGGGCGGGGCGGUGGACGCGGUCAGCAAUUCUAAACGCUUACUCAUCGGUCCAUACGUUUUUCACUGUUGGUUUCGUUCUGAACCUUACUUUUAAAGAGUGUGCGAUUUCGUGCUCUCUUUUCAUUGCUACUGCCGAUUUAUUCACUCUGCUUU